AUGCCUCAGUACGUCUCCCUAGAUAGCUCUGCAUGCCCUGCCCUUCCCUGCAGCAUGUUCUUUGGGGUCCCUACUGCCCCACCCGACAGAGAGGAGCUAUUCCAUGGGAGAAAAGUCACCAGGCCCAGGAGUUCCAAGCGAGAGUGGAAGCCUCUGGAAGACCACAGCUGCACAGAUGUACCAUGGCUGCUCUUAUUUAUCCUCUUCUGUAUAGGAAUGGGUUUUAUCUGUGGCUUUUCAAUAGCUACAGGAGCAGCUGCAAGGCUGCUUUCAGGAUAUGACAGUUACGGAAAUAUUUGUGGACAGAAAAAUGUCAAGGUGGAGGGAAUAGUCAACAGUGGUCUGGACCUCACACAGAAGAAGUAUGUAUUCUUCUUGGAUCCAUGCAACAUUGAUCUAGUACAUCAGAAGAUUAAGUCAAUUGCCUUGUGUGUAUCAGCUUGCCCAAGGAAAGAACUGAAAACUCUGGCUGAUAUACAGAAAUUUGCAGAAACUAAUGGAUCCACUCUAUGUAGCUAUGAACUACAGCCAUCAGAAUAUACUACAGAUCCAAGGGCUGCCAAGUUAUGUCCUAAAUAUCCUGUUCCAGAGAGUGCACCUAUUCCAUUCUUCCAUCGCUGUGCUCCUGUGAACAUUUCCUGCUAUGCCAAGUUUGCAGAGGCCCUGAUCACCUUUGUCAGUGACAGUAGUGUCUUACACAGGCUGAUUAGUGGAGUUAUGACCAGCAAAGAGAUUAUAAUGGGACUUUGCUUGUUAUCACUAGUGUUGUCCAUGAUUUUGAUGGUUAUAAUAAGGUACAUUUCAAGAGUACUUGUCUGGAUUUUAACAAUUCUUGUCAUUCUGGGAUCACUUGGUGGUACAGGUAUCCUGUGGUGGCUCUAUGCUAAACAAAGAAUAUCUGCUGGUGCUCUUGAGACCCAAAUAGCCAAAGACAAUCUUCAGGCUCUCUUGAUCUAUGCCAUUGCAGCUACAGUCUUCACGGUUAUCAUGUUCUUGAUCGUGUUAAUUAUGCGCAAAAGAGUAGCUCUCACCAUUGCCUUGUUCCAUGUGGCUGGCAAGGUCUUCAUUCACCUGCCGCUGUUAGUCUUCCAGCCAUUUUGGACAUUCUUUGUGCUUAUCCUCUUCUGGACAUACUGGAUCACAGUCCUGCUUUUUCUUGGUACUACAGGUAGUCCUGUCCCAAAUGAAGAAGGAUUUGUUGAAUUUCGGAUGGCAGGUCCUUUGAAAUACAUGUGGUGGUACCAUGUAGUGGGACUCAUCUGGAUCAGUGAGUUUAUCCUAGCCUGUCAGCAGAUGACAGUAGCAGGGGCUGUUGUGACAUACUAUUUUACAAGGGAGAAAAAAAAUCUGCCAUUUACUCCUAUUCUGGCAUCUGUUAAUCGUCUUGUUUGUUACCACCUGGGAACAGUAGCAAAGGGGUCUUUCAUUAUCACACUAGUGAAGAUACCACGAAUGAUUCUCAUGUAUAUUCACACACAACUCAAAGGAAAGGAAAAUGCUUGUGCUCGCUGUAUGCUUAAAGCCUGCAUUUGCUGCCUUUGGUGUCUAGAAAAGUGCCUGACAUAUUUAAAUCAGAAUGCGUAUACAGCCACAGCUAUCAACAGCACCAAUUUCUGCACCUCAGCAAAGGAUGCCUUUGUUAUCCUAGUGGAAAACGCAUUGCGAGUGGCUGCCAUAAACACAGUUGGGGAUUUUAUGCUGUUUCUAGGAAAGGUCCUGAUUGUCUGCAGCACAGGUUUGGCCGGCAUUAUGUUGCUGAAUUACCAACGAGAUUACACCAUCUGGGUACUGCCACUCAUCAUUGUCUGCCUCUUUGCAUUCCUGGUUGCUCACUGCUUCCUUUCCAUUUAUGAAAUGGUUGUUGAUGUCCUUUUCUUAUGUUUUGCCAUCGAUACAAAAUACAAUGAUGGGAGCCCUGGCAAGGAAUUCUACAUGGAUAAAGUUCUCAUGGAGUUUGUGGAGAAUAGUAGGAAAUCUAUGAAAGAAGCUGGCCGGGGAGGUGGAGCUGAGGGCAGAGAGCUAAAACCAAUGGCCUCUGGAGCAAGUUCAUCUUGAAACUAGC